AUGUCUUCGACGCCGUGGGAUUUCAUCGCCAAACUUGUAUGCAUAGGCGACUCGGGCUGCGGCAAGUCCAGUCUCACCAUCCGCCUGUGCGAGGGGCGCUUCUCUCCCCAUCACGACGUCACCAUUGGAGUCGAAUUCGGUUCCCGCAUCGUCCCCGUCGGCCCUCCCCAUUCGAAACCGGCUCCUGCUCCGAAAUCAAUAACGACAACCGAUGACGCAGACUCCGAUACGCUGUCGCAGGGCUUGCCGGAACCGCCCCGCGAUACGAGCAAAACGCCGCAGAAGCACAUGAAGCUCAGCCUCUGGGACACGGCGGGCCAAGAAACCUACAAGUCGGUGACAAGAUCGUACUUCCGCGGCGCUAGCGGAGCGCUGCUCGUAUUCGAUCUCUCUCGCAAACAGACCUUUGAGCAUGUUACCGAUUGGCUCAACGACCUGCGCCAGAUCGCGGAGCCGGACAUUGUCGUCAUCCUCGUGGGCAACAAGGCCGACUUGACCCAGCAGGCAAAUAACAAGCGCGAGGUGACAAGGCAGGAAGCAGAGGAGUGGGCGAAGCGCAACGGAGUCAUGGAGUACGUCGAGACUAGCGCCAAGAGCGGCGAAAACGUCGAAAUGGCCUUUAUGCGUGUCGCCGAUAGAAUAUACCAGAAUAUUCAGGCCGGCAAGUACGAUCUCAACGACAGACGGUCUGGCGUCAAAGGUCCUAGCGCCGGUGGCAAUCGUCAGGUCCGGUUAGCUGCUGAAGCAUCCAAGGCUAUCACCGGCGGAUGCUGCUAA